UAUCGCAUGCUGAGAGUUCCAGGAUGGUCGGUGUCAUUGUCAAGGCUGCGCUUCUGGUGUACUUACUCAAGUUAAUCAGCAACGUAGCCGGUCAGCAGACUCCGUGUCCAAAUUACUUCCGGUACGUUCAAGACGAGGAAACGAACAAUGUGAUUGGUUUCGUCGAGAUACCAUCGCCGCCAAAGGGCAUAUCUUUGCACCUUAGCGUAGGUUUGAGCGUCGCUGUUGCAUUGCCCUCGAAAUAUGUUGGUCGGUUAGAAUUGGCACAGUCGAGAGACCAGUCUGUUAAAGCGGUGAACCAGGGCAGGUCCCUCAAAUACAAAAUACAUUUUCCUCUUCCACGACCCGUGGCCAUCCUAACCGGUUUGUGGUUCAACAAUCAACUCAUCUGUUCUGGUCCACGCGCAAAUGGACCGAUCGUCACCUCCAUCGUUCUAAAUCAUACGCUAUAUCCACCUGGUGCGUUGCCUGGUUUAGAGACCGAAGUGAACACGAUUGCAAACUACCCCACGGUAGAGAAUUUACCGCCACAACGACCACAACCAACGAAAUCUCAAGAUCCGAUCUACCCAAAUUUCCCACCUGUAACAAUACCAAUUCCUACACAAAGGCCACGGACCAACAAUGAGCAAGAUAAUCAAACGUGUGGCCGCCCCACCGCCACAAGCAAGAUCAAUCUUCUGGUUGUCCGAGGUGAAAAAACGUCGCAUGGUCAAUGGCCCUGGCUGGCUGCAAUUUUCAUCGUCAAGAAAAAUUUCGAGUAUCAAUGCGCUGGAACACUGGUGUCGAACAUACACGUUAUUACCGCUGCUCACUGUUUCCAAGACGGCGAUAUUAAAUUACCUGCUGGGACGUUGACCGUCUCUUUGGGCCGCUACCGACUUAAAAAUUGGAGAGAAAAGGGUUCAGUGAACCGAGAGGUGGCCGGGUACAAUCUUCACCCUGAUUAUAAUGCAAGUGGCAACGCCGACGCAGACCUGGCUGUGCUAAUUCUUCGUGAACGGGUGGAGUAUAACGUAGUCAUCAAGCCAAUUUGUCUUUGGUCAGGCCCUAACAGCCUGAGUACCGUUGUGGGAAAGGUUGGACACGUUGUGGGCUGGGGACGUGAUGAGUCGGGGAAUCGGAAUACGGAGGAACCUCGUCAGACCGCAGCUCCCAUCGUCUCUCAGGAGGACUGUCUGUGGAGCAACACGAACUUUGUCUCGCUGACUUCGAAUCGAACGUUUUGCGCUGGCUUGAAGGACGAAACUGGCCCUUGCAAUGGUGACAGUGGAAGCGGUUUCGUGAUUCACGAUUCCAAAACGAAUCGUUAUUAUCUGCGUGGCGUUGUCUCGAGGUCUUUGCUGGGAGUUAACAUGUCCUGCGACCUAUCGCAAUACGUCGUCUACGUGGACGUCGCGAAACACAUGGACUGGAUAAAACAGCAGAUCUCCUCGGCGUAA